UCGUGCUCAGGAAAGCUGUUUCCAGAAGAGCGCAGUAUGGCGACUGCAGAAUCAGAUAAACCACCUCCUCUAAAGCGCACUCAUAGCUAUGAGUUGCUGCCCCCUGACAUGUCUGAGCUGAGGGUUGUACUGCUGGGGAACAGCUGGUGUGAGAGGAGUUCAGUGGGGAACAUCAUACUAAGAGGGACUGAGUUCAACACUGAGGAAGAACCAGGCUACUGUCUGAGAGUCAGUGGAGAGCUGGAUGGGAAAAAUGUAGUUGUGAUCAACACCCCAGAUCUGCUGCACGCCGACAUCUCUGAACGGACACUGACAGAACAUGUGAACGUCUGUGUGAGGCUCUCUGAUCCUGGACCUCAUGUGUUCUUGCUGGUUCUACAGCCUGAACACUUCACUGAGGAACACAAACAGAGACUCUGCAGAGUCCUGGGACUCUUCAGUGAUCAGUCAUUUAAUCAUUCACUGAUGCUCAUAGCACCACCCAGAGAGGAGGGUUCAGGUUUAAUGGAACAAUACAUGGGACAACCCCCAUUACAAGACAUGAUCAGGAGAUGUAGAUACAGAUACUUGAAGCUGGAGAACCUUCAACAUCCAGAGCUGUUAACACGCUUGGGUCAAACUGUCAAAAGGAGAACUAUGGAGAGUAUGUGAGCUGUUGUGUUCGAGGACACCACGUCUUCCUUACCGGUUGAUCAUCGAAGUCAAAAACCAAAGGGAACAACGUUUCCUCGUAUCACAGAAGCUGUUCUAGAUGCUGGGCUGCGUGGUGCUGAACCAAUCACUUCACCAUUGUUACAAGGGUCGACCACUGUGACUAAUUCAUCUGCAUUCAGGAUUGUGCUAUUGGGAAAAAGUGAGGACAAACAAAAAAAGAUCAGUUACUUUAUCACAGAGGGAAAAGAUCUUUGCAUCCAAAAGUUUUUCUCCAUCACACACUGUGUGACAAACCAUGGAGAGUGGAAGGGAAAACAGGUGGAAGUAGUGAAAACUACACACAUGUUCACUAUAUCAGAGGAGUUAGUGAGAAGAGAGGUGAAGAGCUGUGUGAGUCUUUGUUCUCCUGGACCCAAUGUCCUGCUGCUGUUAGUGAAUCCUUCAGAUUUCACUGAUGAGAACAGACAAAGACUGAAGUUCAUCCUGAGUCUGUUUGGUCCAGAAGCUUUUAAACACUCAAUGGUCAUCAUAACCCACAAUGACAGUAAGACUGAAAUAGUGGAUCAGCUGCUUGAAGACUGUGGAGGAAGACUCUACAACAUGGUUGAAAACAACCGUGACUCAUUGAUGGAUAAGAUUGAGAAGAUAGUUCAUGAAAACAAAGAAACGUUUCUCACCUUCACUGAAGACAUCAAACCAGCUUUAAACCUGGUUCUGUGUGGGAGGAGAGGAGCAGGGAAGACUUCAGCAGCCAAAGCCAUUUUAGGUCAGACAGAGUUUCCUUCAGUCUCCAACUCCUCAGAGUGUGUUAAACAUCAGGGAGAGGUGUGUGGACGCCGGGUUUCCCUGGUGGAGCUGCCUGCUUUGUGUGGAACACCUCAGGAGGAAGUGAUGGAGGAAUCAUUCAGGUGUGUCUCCCUCUGUGAUCCUGAGGGCGUCCAUGCCUUCAUCCUGGUCCUACCUGUGGGUCCCCUCACUGAUGAAGACAAGGGAGAGUUAGAGAUCAUCCAGAACACAUUCAGCCCUCGAGUCAACGACUUCACCUUGAUUCUGUCCACUGUGGAGUCAGAUCCUACAGCUCCAGCUGUUAUUAACUUUCUAAAGGAGAACAAGGACAUCCAGGAGCUCCGUCAGAGCUGUGGAGGAAGAUAUGUUGUUCUCAACAUCAAGGGCCAGCAGCAGAUCCCAGAGCUGUUGAAUACUGUGGGGGAGACCAGCAUGGAAGGAUCCAGGUGCUUCACAAUGAAGAUGUUCACCAAGGCUCAGAUGAAGAAGGUGGUAGAACUUAAAGCUGAACUGCAGGACGUUAAAAAGAAAAGUGAGAUGGGAGAUGUUGAUGAAAGUCAGAACAGAGAGUGUCUCAGGAUGGUGCUGAUUGGGAAGACUGGCAGUGGGAAGAGUGCAACUGGAAACACCAUUUUGGGAAGAGAACAUUUUACAUCGGCUCCAAGCACAGAGUCAGUGACCCAGUUUUGCGAAAAAGCAGCAGGAGAGGUUGGUGGAAGACCUGUUGCCGUGGUGGACACCCCCGGCUUGUUUGACACGACACUGUCCAAAGAGGCUGUUCAAGAGGAGCUUGUUAAAUGCAUCAGCAUGAUGUCUCCUGGACCUCAUGUGUUCUUACUGGUGCUGUCGAUCGGCCGAUUUACACAAGAGGAAAAAGACUCAGUGGAACUGAUCAAGAAAUAUUUUGGCAAGAAAUCUGGAGAUUUCAUCAUCAUUAUUUUCACCAAAGGAGAUGAUCUUAAAAACACACCAAUCCAGACCUACAUAGAAAAGUCUGGUGGCUUUUUGAAGAAACUGAUCAUUGACUGUGGAGGGAGAUACCAGGUCUUCAAUAACAACAAUGAAACGGACCGCAUGCAAGUCAGAGAGCUGAUGGAGAAGUCCAACAAAAUGCUGAAGGAAAAUGGCGGCAGCUGUUACACAUCAGAGAUGUUCCAAGAAGCCGAGGCCGCCAUACAGAAGGAAGUGGAGAAGAUCCUGAAGGAGAAGGAAGAAGAGAUGCAGAGACAGAGGGAGGAGCUGCAAAGAAAACACGAGGAGGAAAUGAAAGAAGUGAUGAAUAGAAUGGAAAAGGAGAGAGCUGAGAUUGAGCAGAAGAGAGCCAAACAGCUUCAAGAGAUGGAGGAAAAAAGGAACAAGGAACGAGAGGAGAGAAGGAUGGAAGAGGAACGGAGAAUAAAAGAGGACAAGGAGAAGAAAAAGCAGGAUGAAAUUACAAAAAAGGAAUGGGAGGAAAAACUUGAAGGAGAGUUGGAGCAGAGUAAAGAAAAGAAGAGAAAGCAGAAAGAAGACUGGGAGAAGGAGAGAGAAGAAUGGUGGAACAAACAACGUCAAGAAAAUGAAAAGAGACGACAAGAGGAGCAAACAAGAAUUCAGAAUUUGCAAGAAGAAUACAAUCAGGAAAGAGAACAACUUGAAAUGAAAAGAAAAGAAGAAAUUGAGCAGGAGAGAGCCCAACAACUUAAAGAAAUGGAAGAAAAAAUCAACAAGGAACGAGAGGAGAGAGGGAGGGAAGAGGAACAGAGGAAAAAAGAGGACAUGGAGAAGAAAAGGCAGGAAGAACUGCAACGAAAGGAAUGGGAGAAGAAACUUGAAGGAGAUUUGGAGCAGAGUAAAGAAGAGAUGAGAAAGCAAAAAGAAGACUGGGAGAAUGAGAGAGAAGAAUGGUGGGAAAAACAACGCCAAGAAAAUGAGAAGAGACAACUUGAGGAGCAAACAAGAAUGAAAAAGUCGCAAGAAGAAUACGAGCAAGAAAGACAAAAUAAUGAACAAAAGAUUAAGAAGGAAAUUGAGAAGGAAAGAGCCAAACAACAUGAAGAAUUUCAGUAUAAAAUAAACAAGGAAGGGGAGGAGAGAAGAAGAGAAGAAGAACUGAGAAAAAAAGAAGCGAUGGAGAAGAAAAGGCAGGAGGACAUGAAGCAAAGGGAAUUGGAGCAAAAACUUGAAGGAGAGUUAGAGGACAAAAAAGAAGAGAUGAGAAAGCAAAAAGAAGACUGGGAGAAGGAGAGAGAAGAAUGGUGGGGAAAACAACGUCAAGAAAAUGAAAAGAGACGACGAGACGAGCAAACAAGAAUUCAGAGGUCGCAAGAAGAAUACGAUCAGGAAAUAGAGAAACAUGAACAGAAAAGAAAAGAAGAAGAUCUAAAGAGAAGUGAACAGAAGGAGAAGGAGAGACAGGAAUUACAGGGAAAAUAUAAGAAAGAACUGGAGGAGAUGAAGAAUACAUAUGAAGAGGAGGCCAGAAAACAAGCUGAAGAAUUCAACGAGUUCAAACAGAAAUACACCAAGGACUUUACAGCCUUGCUGGAGAAGCACAUGGAGGAAAUAGAGGACCUGAAGAAAAAGCAUAAAAUACAAAUGGAAGAGAAAGGAGAGAGCCAUGGCAAAAGAUACGAUCUGCUACAAGAUCUUAACAGACACAAAGAAAAAAGUCUAAAAGAACAAAUACAGCUCAUGGAGAGAAAGCAAGAACAAGAAAUAAAUGAACUAAAACAAAAACACAAGUGUAUCAUCCUCUGACUUUCCCACUGACUCAUGAUCAUCAUGAUGUUACUAGAUGGAACAUCAUGUCAACUCAUCAAGGUCCAAUAGGGACACUAAGAACAAACUACAACACCAACUGAACAUUUUUCUUCACCGAAGAGGAUUUCUGUAAGUACUCAUUAAUAACCAAUCGCAUCGUACUGUUUUCAUACAGUUUGUGUUGUUUAGAACGCCACCUUUUUCUUUCUUCUUCUAAUUGUUAGGAGGGCUAAAAAUGCAAACCAUUAAAAUUACUUAAUUAUAGUGCUUUGUAAUAUAUUGUUUUUUAUUUUUAAACGUAUUGUAACAUUGUAAACCUGUAAUUCCUUUUCUGUUUUAGAAAUGUAACAGUAUUCUGAUUAUGUAUUGUUAAGGUUAAUGUAAGCCGGGAAAUACAGUUAUCUUUUUUUCUUUGUAUUAUGAUUACGUAAUCCCGGGGGCGUUGCCUGGAUCUAGUUACAUCGGGGGCUUAGCCCGACAAUUGAA